AUGCCUGGCCGUCUUCUUUCCAACCUCAUUCGCCCCUCCUAUUCUCUUCACUCCUCUAGCUCCUCUUCACGUUCCAAUUCUUCAUCCUCAUCUUCCGUCAAUGAAAUCCCUCACAGCUCGACAAACCACCACACCCUCUCCAUCCUCCCCAAGAAACCUAACGUGUUCAAGCAUCACCAUGACCGUGCGAGGUCUCCAGAGCGUCGUCUGUCCGUCGCGAUGGAUCAAUUGAUCCACCCUCAUCGGGACAACAGCAAGGAUAAACGCCGCAGUCUGGGCCGCUCCAAGGAACGGACCAGCAAGGAGGAUGCUCUGGCUACGUCGGUCAAACUAGAUGUGAUGGUGGAGUCGCCUCCUCUGGUCUGCUACGGAACCCCUGCAAACUCCACUGGUGCUUUGUUCUCCGGUCGUCUGCGGGUUGAAGUGGCAGACACAGUGGGUAUUGUCAACCUGGAGAGCUUGGAUAUGCGUCUAAUGUCCAAGGCCUCCACCAAAAAGCCGGUUUCGCGAGACUGUCAGUCAUGUCUGUCUCGUACGGAAGAACUGACCCACUGGAAUUUCCUUACUGAGCCUUUGCACCUCAUGCCUGGAACCCAUGAGUUCCCUUUCAGCUAUCUUUUUCCUGGCCACCUUCCUGCUUCUUGCAACGGUUCAUUGGGCCAGAUCGAAUAUUUCCUCUCGGCUCGCGCACACAACACCACUGGCGAGGAUUUCACCUUCAAGAUGCCCUUGCACAUCAAGCGUGCACUUAUCCCAGGAAACGACAAGGCGUCAAUUCGCGUCUUUCCUCCUACCAACCUCACUGGCCGCGUCGUGCUUCCCUCGGUGGUUCACCCCAUUGGCACCUUUCCCGUCGAAAUGACACUCAGUGGAGUGGUUGAGAAGGGUGAGGAAACACAGACCCGCUGGCGGUUGCGGAAAAUGAUGUGGCGGAUCGAAGAGCAUCAGAAGCUUGUGUCCGUUGCCUGUGCCAGACAUGCCCAUAAAAUCGGUGGUGAAGGAAAGGGAGUCUUGCACCAGGAGACACGGGUUAUUGGUCAUAACGAAGAGAAGAGUGGCUGGAAAACUGAUUUCGAUACCGCGGGCGGCGAGAUCAGAAUGCAAUUCGAAGCUAACAUCAACCCGACGUGCAACCCGGUUUGCGACUUGGAAGCUCCUGGUGGCCUGGAGGCAAAGCACAACCUGGUGAUUGAAUUGAUUGUCGCCGAGGAAUUCUGUUCUAACCGAAACGCUCGCCUUAUGACGCCAACUGGCGCAGCACGUGUGCUUCGCAUGCAGUUCAACCUCAAUGUCACCGAACGAUGCGGUUUGGGUAUCAGCUGGGACGAGGAAAUGCCACCUGUCUACGAGGAUGUCCCUGCUAGUCCGCCCGGUUACACCAAGAUCGACCACGAGAGCACUAUGGAGGACUAUCAAGGAUCCCCUCUUCCGUUACCCGAGUACGAAGACCUGGAGCAAAUGGAAAACCUCCGGCUGGACGGCGACUCGACCCAUUCUACGCACGAACAAGCUCGUUUGACCAACCAUGACCUGAUGAUGACACCGGAAGAGACUGGAAGCAACAACCGCGGUAUCUCCGCAGAAUCUCGAUCCUCUCAAUAA